CGCGCUUCCUACUCACUCAUUUAUAAAGGCAGGUAUCAUUGUCUGGCGUUUCAUUUUCAUCUUGUCCAAAAACCUCUCCAGCGGGAACUCCGCCUUCUAGAUUGCAGUAAGGAGAGACGGCGACAACCAGCGUAGGUAGAGGGGAGAAGCGGAAAAUGUCGCCAUCGGAGGAGGCGGCGAGACAGGCGGAGGUGCUUAGGCAGGAAGGCAACAUGUGCUUCAAAAAGGAGCAGUUUGGAGCCGCCAUUGAUGCUUAUACUGAGGCCAUUGCUUUGUGCCCUAACGUUCUUGUAUAUUGGACGAAUCGAGCACUUUGCCACCGCAAGCGGAAUGAUUGGGAAAAAAUGGAGGAGGAUUGUAGGAUGGCAAUUCAACUCGAUCACAAUUCUGUCAAGGCACACUAUAUGCUCGGUCUUUCUCUCCUCCAAAGGGCGGAGUAUGCAGAAGGCGUAAAGGAAUUGGAAAAGGCUAUGGAACUCGGAAGAUGCGCUACUCCAAAUGGAUAUAUGGUUGAAGAGAUAUGGCAAGAGCUUGCAAAAGCGAAGUAUCUAAAAUGGGAGCAUGAAUCAAAAUUACGUUACGGGGAGAUGAAACAGCUGAAAGAGGCCUGUGAAGCUGCACUCUAUGAAAAAAUCUUGAUAAAUUCUUCUCGAAUGGAAGGAUUUAUCGAUGAAACUGCUAUCUCUACCUUAGAUCAAUUGAAUGCUUUACGCCAGGUAUUCAACAAAGUUGCAGAACCCGAUAUUCCAACAGAGGUCCCCGACUAUCUGUGCUGUAGAAUCACAUUGGACAUUUUCCGCGACCCUGUUGUCGCACCUAGUGGAUUCACAUAUGAAAGAGCAGUGAUCCUGGAGCAUCUACACAAGGUCGGUAAAUUUGAUCCCAUUACCCGUGAGACUCUCUAUCCAUCCCAGCUCAUACCAAAUUUUGCUAUUAAAGAAGCCGUAAGAGCAUAUCUUGAUUCGCACGGGUGGGCCUAUAAAUAAAAAUCGAUGUUACAGUCUCCUUGCCUUGUGCUGUAUUUCUACAGCCGGAAAAACUCAGAAUGCUUACAAUCCUCUGAGCCAUGCAUGUUACAACUUCUUUAGACUCACAAGUAAUUAUUCCAAUGCAUAAUUUAAACAGUUUGCCAUGCAUACAGUCUGAUGCAUUAUAGACAAUUAAAAGAUUAAUAAAACGAAACUCUAUAUUAUGCAUAGUCGAAACUUGCAGAGUUUUAUUUGAUGAUGAAAGUGUUGUUUUUUACUCUUUGUUUCUCCAUCAAGUGUUUGUGUUUUUGAAGUUUACAUCGGCUUUAGACAACAUUGGUCUAAUGCUUAUAUUUUUCGGAACCAACAAAGAAAAUUCCGAUUAUGGACCAUCUUUUUAAACUGUUUUUUUUUCCUACUCUACAUUUUCACAUGAACCUUGAAAUUGAUUUGAUGAACUUAUGCUUGUGUUCCUUAUUAUCAGAUAAUCACAUGAUUUUAUUAUUGUUUUACUAUUUCUUAAGAGUAGAUUUAUGUUUCCAAAAUUGUUUUUUGAGUUUAUCAAAAUUUGUUUCUCUAGAAAGUAUCACAUAAAAAAUUUAUUUUAUAAAAUUUAAAUGUGAUUAUUUUAGAGAAAUUUUGAUUAAAAGAUACAAAAACAAAGUUGGAAACAUAAUAGACGAACUAUAGUGUAGUGUUGCUUAUUGUCUAUCUUGGAGAGAAAAUGGUGACACUAUGCUGAUUAGCCAAGAACUAGUAAGGUUAUGUUCAUGACCUUGAUAUCCACCCUAUAGAUAGUGGAGAAGAUUUUGUGAACACUAAUUUAAAAUUUCACUCUACCCUGGUAGACAUCAUAAUAGAGGCUAAAAAUAAAUAUAGAGUACACUGCAGUUUUAACAUAAUUCACCUUUAUGCAAGUAAAAACUAUGAACAUAAUCCCCAUAAGUCCAGAGUCACAAUUCUGGACAAUUAGGAGAUCAAUUCUAAAUAUAAACAUUACAUGUGUAGUAUUUCAUGCCAUUUAAAUGAAACCACUCAAAAGUCUAGGAAAUGUAACAAGUCUAUUAUUUGUGUGUGUGUGUGUGUGUGUACAAACCUAUGAUAUGAUGAAUGGAAGAAAUUUUAGAAGCCAAAAGUCAUUCUGACACAUUAAGAAAAAAAGGACUAAGAAUUCAACACUAGUUUCUUUAUGGCACGCACACUUUGUAGGGACCUUAAAAAAAAACACAGAAACACAAUAACAUCAUCCAACAUGGCCACUAUGUGAAUAGUGAAUAACACCUCGUCCUAGCCAUGUGGAAUGUCACAAUUUUCAUCCAUAAUAAUAAAGCACUUGGGCCAAAACAACCAUUAAAUGCUCAUAGUGAAAAUUCAAGCAUCCUACUAACAGAACCAUGUGCUGAAAUUAUUAUGCAACAUGAGCUACCAAUUAUUUUUGGUUAAACCAUAAAAGCAUAAGAACUAAUCUUAUAUCAUAUAUGUAUAUGUAUGUAUGCAUGUAUCAAAUUUGAGUCUAGAUUAGCACAUAAAGCCCCCAUAGUUUUCAAUUGUCAUACUGCAUUAAACUAUUAGGUUAUUUACCAAAUAAUUGACUCUGUCGUGAUAGUGGAGUAUUGGAAAGAAACUACAUUUCAGGGCAACCUUAGAAAGCCAUCAAUUAUGAUAAGAAAC